AUGGCCAAGAUGUUCUUGCGAAUGAAGGGGCUGCUGCUCCUCACUGGCGUGUUCUUCAUGCUCUACUUCGGACUCCAGCCCUUGACGGAGUGGUUUGAAAGAAAGGCCGUUGUUGCGCCACCCCAGGAAGUGGUCCUGGUCAACACCUCCGAGUGCCACAUAACCACACCGCUAAGACCAGCGCCAGUCAAGUAUGCGCUCGAGCCCAUCUUCAAGUUGCAGUGCAGCAUGAAGCAGUUGAUGGACCCCAAAACCCAAGGGGAGAGUAACAUUCUGGUGGCCAGAAAGGUAGCAGAGGAACUGCAGUGCCAGUACUGGGUGAAGUCCUUCAAGGAUUCUCUAUCCAAGUACCUAAAGCGGGGACAUUUCCACCUAAAACCCGAGGGGGGAAAAGAAAUCAAAGUCGGAUCUGGUCAGCAGAUAGUUCGCAUCAAGUGCUGGAACAAGGUGAACCAAACACGAUACCAUGAUGUGCAGUACUUCCUGCCACCUCCUAAUCCGGAUUCCAAGACAGUGAAGACUCCUAAGAAGCUAUCUGUCAUAGUGCUGGGCAUUGACUCCGUUUCCCACAUGCACUUUGAGAGGUGCUUUCCCUUGGUGAAGUCCCUUCUAGAAAAUAUCCCUCACACCAAGUUCUCCGGCUUCAGCCGCCUGGGCGUUGAUGCCUUUGGAAACUUAAUGCCUUUCCUCAGGGAUGCCGAACUAUCCCAAUUCAAUGAGGAGGCUUGGCUAUGGCAGAUCUUCAAGAGAGGAGGCUACAGCACAGCAUACGGCGAGGACAAUGCCGAGGGAAUCUUCACUCGUAACCCGGAACUGCAACCGGAUUUUGAUUUCGAUUUAAGUCCCGUAAUGAUGGAGAUGAAUAAUCAUACACGAUAUAGCAUAGACCUCAGGGAGAUGAUCCACUGCUCGGCACGAUGGAAGUUCCAUGACGUCCUUGACGACUUCAUCGACCGACUUGUUCCCCACAUGCAGAAAGGGCCCUUCUUCUCCCUUUUCUGGCAGUCGCAGGGUGUCCAGGAGUACUAUGAAUAUGGCUACCUCAUGGACCUGUCCUAUAUGCUGCUCCUGAAGAAACUGCUAGACGCCGAUAUCCUCAACAAUACCCUGCUCUUGCUGAUGUCCGACCACGGCCUGCGUGCUGGAAGCUACCGGAUGAGCUUCCAGGGCAUGAAGGAGGAGUCCCAGCCCCUGCUGUUGGCCUUUUACCCAGAGUGGCUGAAGGAGAAGUACCCCCUGGCCAUGGAGAACUUCGAGAGGAACAAUCAUAGCCUGGUCACACCGUACGACCUGCACAACACUCUGCUGGAUGUGAUAAAUCUGGAUCUUCUCCAGGACGCCAGCAUCCAGUUCCGCAUGGAGAGUCUGCAGUCUUACUCAGCGAAGAACAUGCCCAGGGGGAUCAGCCUCUUCCUCCCCAUUCCGGACCACAGGACCUGCGAUCUGGCCCAUAUUCCUUCGCUCUUCUGCUUCUGCCGGGACCUCACCGAGGUUCCCACGGACGACGGCCUGGUAGUUCGAAGCAGCCGCUUUUUGGUGGAGUCCAUCAACAAGAUGAUCAAGCCACUGGGACAGUGCCGCCAGCUGAAGCUCAAGACGAUUCUUCUAUCCCACUUCAUGGACUUUGGCGAGGAGUCCUUCGUCUACGAGUUGAGGCUGCGGGUGCUGACAACUCCCGGAGACGGAGUAUUCGAGGCCACUGUUCGUCUGUCGGACGUUCUACUGUUGACCAGCCCGAUCAGCCGGGUCAACCACUUCCUGGGGCAGUCCCACUGCGUCAGCGAUCCGCACCUCAAGAUAUUCUGUUUGUGUAUUUAAGAGGUUUUCCGUGAUUUGAUAAGGCUAUACUUGAUUACAGAAAACAGCUUUCUUUGAGAAGAUUCAUGAUAUCAAUCAAUCAAUAUCAAUCAACUUAUUCUAGUUUUCCCUAUAAAAAACAAAAUAAAUUUUUUAAAGCAUUAA